CUAGUUGCGGUUUCAUCUUGUUUUCAUUCUUGAACAUAUAAUUUCACUAGGUUUGUGCCUGUCCCGUGUCGUUUAAUCGCCUCCUAGCUUCGGGCUUUAGUUUGGACUUACUGUAUCAUCUAGUUCUUUCUGAAAUUUGGAUGGUAGACUAUUGUCCAUACAAAAUUAUGGCAUCUUAAACUGCAGAAGUGAAAAAUUUAUGCACUUCCUUUGUGACCCUCAUUUUCAUAAGCAGCAAAAAUUGAGAUUUGCCUCUCUUUACCAGGUAUUUUCAUGUUUACGUUUUAGUAAUCUGAAGUAUCAUUGCCGAGAAGACCGGAUUGAUAUCCAGGUUGAAGAAACACCAAUGGAAGUUCAGCUCACAGAAUGUACAAAUGUUCAGGGAUAUUUGCUGUCAGAUUAUGAUCAGUCUCCCUCUUUGCAGUCAGCAAACACACUUCACGAGCAAACUCUGGUCUCCUCGGACUACAUGCCGCUUGAUCAAUCGACAAAACUUCGAAACUGGGAAAUAAGACGGGAACAAGUACACAUUAUAAAAAUGAUUGGAAAGGGUGCUUUCUCCCAGGUUGCAAAGGCAAUAGCUUUUUUAAAUACCAAUGGAACAGAAGAACAGAUAACUGUAGCAGUAAAAAUGCUAAAAAAAAAUGCUCCUGAAUCAGACAGAAUGGAUCUCCUGUCAGAACUUGAGGUAAUGAAGAUACUAAAGCCUCAUCCUCAUGUCAUCAAACUAAUGGGAUGCGUCACCAACUCUGAUCCUUUACUUGUUCUGAUUGAGUACAUUCCUUACGGUGAUCUGUUGGGUUACCUAAGAAAGAGUCGCGGUCUGAAUGACACAUAUUUUAAAGACCCGGAUGUUCAACCUGAGACGAACCUUACCGCGGAACAACUGGUGCGAUUUUCCUGCCAAAUUGCUGAUGGAAUGAGGUACCUCUCGUCCAACAAGAUCAUCCAUCGUGACUUGGCGGCCAGAAAUGUUCUUGUUGGAGAAGGAGAAGAGUGUAAGGUGACAGACUUUGGAAUGGCCAGGAACGUUCACCAGGAUGAUAUCUACACCAUACACAGUGGGGGUCGUCUACCAGCGAAGUGGACAGCAUACGAAGGGCUACUUUACGGGACAUAUACGACCCAAAGUGACGUAUGGAGUUUUGGUGUUGUUCUUUAUGAGAUAUUUACUGUAGGUGGAUCACCGUACCCAGGGAUUAAUGGCCGAGAAAUUGCAGGCAAACUUCAGAAGGGAUACCGUAUGCCAAAACCAAAACAUGUUGAUGAACAACUUUACCAGAUCAUGUUCCAGUGUUGGGAAGAGAAACCAAACAACCGACCGACAUUCUCCCAACUUGAAGACACCUUGAAAAAAUUGAUGCAAAACAUGAACACUUACGUGAAUUUGAAGGAAUACGAUAACAAUUUGUACGCGAAUGUUGACGACCUAUUUGAGUAACAGGAUAGGAAAAUCGUCUAAUUGUAUAAGGGAACUAGUUAGAGAGGAUGCGUCUAAAAACAGGGCACGUAAAAAAAUCAUUCGAGUUGUGGAGACAUAUCCAUAAGUACAUUUAAAGUAUUUUUAAGAUAUGGUUAACUUGGUCUUGAGGACAUUCGCUUGGAAAUAGAAGUACACAUAAUUUGGGGUCCUGAAAUGGCCUUCGCUUGAGUUACGAAGGAAGUUUAUCUGCUUAGUGCAGACGUACAAGAUUAUUUUCGGACACUGUGACAUAGAUCCUCGUAUGUUUUUUUUUAUUUUAAUGUAUUGGCGAAAACGCGUAGGAACUAUGAUUUUAAAGAUAAGACCUAAAGAGAGACGUACAAAUUACUUUAAAUUUUCAUUUCUCAAUCGCUACAUAACAGACUGGAAAAGUAUUCCACCGAACGUGAUGCAUGCACCUUCGUUAAUUAAGUCCUAUCUAUUAGAUCAUUUGCGUCAAUUUCAAAUCAGGUGAAACUCGUGAUUUAUCGGUAUCCAAUUUAAUUAGGUUAGCUUCGGGCCUUAUUUAAAUUGUACUUCUUAAUUUUUAGUGUCAAUUUUAGUAUGCAAUUUAAUUAAUUUAGUUUUGAGCCGCAUUUAAAUCUUACUUCUUAAAUUUUAGUACAUUUAAUAUUGGAGAAUAUUCUUUGUAUGGGAAUUUAGUUUCCCCCAAUUAUUGACUAGUCAUGCGCUUUUUGUAUUUUCUGUA